UUUUUUCUAUCACUAUAUAGAUAAAUAAAUAACCGUUAGAGCUAUUUGUGAUUUAGAUUUGGUUUGUUGUUGUUUUGUUUUUUUUUUGGUUUUAAAUAAAUUAGUUAAUUGAAUUGUGAAAACCAAACAAAAAAAAUGCAUCAACGAAAUUUAUAUUCAUCAUAUCCACCGGAAUAUGGGGGUGGUGGUAGUGGUUAUUCAAAUUAUCCACCUUCAAUUCCACAACAACAACAACAACAUUAUGGUAAUGAUUAUCAUCAACAACAACAACAAAUAUCAGCUCAACAUAAUCAUCCACCAUAUUAUUCUCAACAACAACAACAUCAUCAAUCUUAUAAUGAUCCAAUACAACAACAACAACAAUAUGAUCAUUCUUAUCAAAAUGGUUAUCCACCUGGCGGAAGUAGUAAUCGUCCAACAACAUAUGAUUAUACAAGUAAUAAUAAUCCACAGCCAUAUUUAUCAUCAUCAUCAUCAUCAGCGUAUCCAGAUCGUUCAUAUCAUCAACAACAACAGCCACCUGCAGUAUUACAGCCACAAACACAGCCAUUACCAGUAGCAAUAGCACAGCCACAGCCACCCCCACCGAUAAAACCAUCAUAUCCGCCACCAAAUCUUAAUCUGAAACCAACAACAACAGCAAAAAAUCCAUAUGGUCAAACCGGUCCAUAUGGAAUUGAUGCAGCCAAUCCAUAUGCUGAUUAUUAUAGAAAAUUAUAUUAUCCAUAUGAUCCUAUUACUGGUGAAUAUAUGAAAGAUGCAACACCACCAGGUGAUACUGGUUCAACAAAUUUAUUGCCAAAUGUGAUGCCCGAUUCAAUGGCUAAUCAAAUGUUUAGUCGUUCAUAUGCUGCUCAAUCAUCAUCAUCAGCUGGAAGAUAUGGAGGAAUGGGAGGUGGUGGUGGAGGUGGAUAUGGUAAUGAUCCAACAUCAAUGAUGAUGAUGAAUAAUUAUUAUGGAGGUGGAUAUGGUGGUGAUCAAGAAAAUGAUUCAUUAUUAUUAUGUUGUGACUUUCUUAUACCAAGGCCAAAUAUAAAAUGUUUAUUAAUAACAUUAUUUAUAUUAUUAGUAUUAAUCAUAUUAAUUGCUGUAAUAAGAUUUUUAGUUAGUUUAAGUGGUGAUCAAAGUGAAGAGCUAGCAACAUUAUUAGAACAAACAUGUAUGUUAUUAUUAAUUGCUGCAUUAGGUGAUCUAUUAUGGAUUAUUGGCGUUUAUUUUACAUCAAGACGUACUAGACAUCAAAUUGCAACAAUAUUAUCAUGUGCAACAAAUCCAUCAUCAUCAUCAGCAAUUGAAACAACAUUAUCAACAAAUGAUUUUAAUAAUUAUCUUUAUGAUCAACAACAACAACAACAACAUCGUCGUUCAUAUGUUCCAAACGUUGGUUGUAAUUCAUCUGUUGUUAAUUAUAAUCGUUAUAAUAGUGGUGGUGGUGGUGUUCCAUCAAAUUAUGUUUAAACAAAACCAUUUAUUUAUUUAUUUAUUUAUCAUCUUAUUAUUAUUAACAUUACCACAAUAUCA